GAGAAGUCGGUGGCUUUUUCUUCUCAGCGCACGAGUCGCGCUCCAGCGGCCCGCGCGCUUGCUGCAGGAACCAGCUCCAGGCGCUGGCGCCGGGGCCCUGGGGAGGAAGCGACUUCGUUCUCCGCAGCGGGCGCGGCCCUGGGCACUGCGAGCCUCCUGAGCUCCGGGAGCUGCGGCCUCUCUGUGCACGGCAAUACAGAGUGCUUCACAACCUUUGGAGAUCGCCUAGCAACCUCCCUUAGGGGUUCUGUCCGGCCCUCACUGGAGAUCUGGAGUCAACGCCCCGAGAUUGAUGAGUUUGUCUUGGGAGUCAGUGAAGAGGUGAAAUAAAGGCCAACAUGGGUCAGAAGGUCACGGGAGGGAUCAAGACUGUGGACAUGCGGGACCCCACAUACCGGCCUCUAAAGCAGGAGCUCCAGAGUCUGGAUUAUUGCAAGCCCACCCGGCUGGACCUGCUGCUCGACAUGCCCCCCGUGUCCUACGACGUCCAGCUGCUCCACUCCUGGAACAAUAAUGACCGUUCGCUCAACGUCUUCGUGAAGGAGGACGACAAGUUGAUCUUUCACCGGCAUCCGGUGGCCCAGAGCACAGACGCCAUCAGGGGCAAAGUUGGGUACACACGUGGACUGCACGUAUGGCAGAUCACAUGGGCCAUGAGGCAACGAGGCACGCAUGCCGUGGUGGGAGUGGCCACAGCAGAUGCCCCUCUGCACUCUGUUGGGUACACAACCCUUGUAGGAAAUAACCAUGAAUCCUGGGGCUGGGACCUGGGACGUAACCGUCUCUACCAUGACGGCAAGAACCAGCCAAGUAAAACAUACCCGGCCUUUCUGGAGCCAGAUGAGACAUUCAUUGUCCCUGACUCCUUUCUUGUGGCCCUGGACAUGGAUGAUGGGACUUUGAGUUUCAUCGUGGAUGGACAGUACAUGGGAGUGGCUUUCCGGGGACUCAAGGGUAAAAAGCUGUAUCCUGUGGUGAGUGCCGUCUGGGGCCACUGUGAGAUCCGCAUGCGCUACUUGAACGGACUUGAUCCUGAGCCCCUGCCACUCAUGGACCUGUGCCGGCGUUCCGUGCGCCUAGCGCUGGGAAAGGAACGUCUGGGUGCCAUCCCCGCUCUGCCGCUACCUGCCUCCCUCAAAGCCUACCUCCUGUACCAGUGAUCCACAUCCCAGGACCGCCAUACGACAGCCACCUGGUGCCAACUCACUGAGCCGUUGGGGUCCACUGACCCCUGCGCCUGGGAUGGACGCCCACCCUCAGCCAUGGGCAGAUGUACCCUCUCACCCUACCAGCUGCCUCUGCUGGGCGGACCAAUGCCAACGGACUUCUCCCUUCCCAACACUGGCUGAAGCAGCAGCAUCCAGGCCCUUCCCUGAACCAGAUGCAGAGAAUAAACUAUGAGAACCUCUCUCAGGCGCCUUCUGCUCUCAGGUGGAGUGGGCUGCCCCCCCCCCUCGCUGCAGAGAGAGUCUGCACCCAUCUGGGGGGUCCUGGGGAGUGAGACUAGCGGGAGAUGCCAGGGCAGAUUCCAAAAGCAGGAAUGUCCGGGACCAGGCCACACAGAUGAAGCUCAGGAUGUCACAUACCAUGGACACUGAGACAGAACCCCAGCUUGGACCUCCCUUGGGCUGAGUGCCAGCUUUAGUGUCAGCUGCUGGUGCUCCGUGCCCUGUAUUUAUUCUUUAAACAGUAGCAAAGGCCGUUUAUUUAUUCCACUUAGAAAGGAAACCUUGUUGGGUGGCUUCUCUCGAUGUCCUGUUUCUGUCCUCCACCUCCCUGGAAUGUAUGUGCCACACCUGCCCUUCUCCCCGGCCAGGCCUGUGGCACGUGAGCUGGUGUGCACAGAUACAAGUAUGUCAUCGUGUAUGACCCUUGACCCAGUUCCCAAGUAGCUCUGCUCCAAGCACCAGAGCAGCCCCUACGAGAGGACUGUGCAAGUCCCCAUGUCCCCAGGUACCUGCUUUUAUUACUUUGGGCAUUCACACGUGUUUCGGUCUCUUGUCUUCCAUGAGCUUUGAGUUUUGCCCCCGAUUCUUCUAAUAUUUCCCAUUGGCAUCCCCCAAAGCUCUAGGCCUGGAGGACCAUCAGGACCCACGGGAUGAGUGGAGUCUCCAGCCCCUGAGAAAGCCACAGGCAAGGCAGGAUUAGAGAGACCAAGAGCAGGGUGGGGUGCCAUGAAAGCCUGUGCCCCUCUCAGGCUCAAGACCCUGCCACUACACCCUCAAGCCUCAGAAGUGGGGUGUUGGACAGCCCUCGGAGAUGAGUGCCUGUCCCCAGCAGUGCAUGCAUGGAGCGCCCCCACACCUGCUUUGGCCCUCUGGCUGUUUCUUUUACUUAAGAAUCAACUCUUUCAGUUGGUUGAUUGAGGACUUGCCUAGCAUGCAGGAAACUUAGGUUCCAUCCCCUGCACCAAUGAGAAUCAAAGCUCAGGAGGCUGAGGCAGGAGGAUUGCUGUACAGAGGUCAUGGCCAUCCCGGGCUAUGUUAAACCUUGCCCUUUAAGAAAAAGAAAAGAAACCAUCUUCCAUCGAAUUUGAGUUCUGUUCGUUUCUGCACAGGUACAAUAGAUGACUUUAUUUGUUGAAAAUGUUUAAUAUAUUUACAUAUAUAUAUAUUUGUAAAAACCAUUUUAAAAGGCUGCUGUAGGGUACCUUUUUUAAAAAAAAAAAAUCUUCCAGUAGAGUAUAAUUUUUAAAGCACAGGAUUGGUGCCAAGACUAGAUAAAGAAUGUAAAUUAUUCCCUUUAUAUUUUGAGGUUCUUUUCCUCUUGGGGCCUUUGUCAGACUGUCAAACCUGACCUGUUCUCAUCUUGGAGUGGAUCACAUUCAAUUGUAUAGAUCCCAGCUUGUCAUCUCAAUCCGGCUGUCCCCCCUGGAUACAGUCGCCAGGCUCUCCUGCGCCCCCCCCCCCACUCCACUGCCCCAGGACUCACCACACCUCUCUGACAUCCCAUCACUGACACCGUAAAGCCUUGUGGCAUGUAUAGUUCUGAAACUCCCGUUCUGUUCUGUUUUAUGACUCAUAAUAGUCGGUAACCUAAUAAAGGAAACUUUGUUAAAAUAUGAAA